CAUAGCAGAUAAGAACAUUAAUUUCCAGACAAUGACCUGCUCCUCUUCUUCACUUCGGCGCCUCUCUACACCAUCAUCAGUCACAAAACCCACAUUUGCAUUGACUACACAGUGGAUUUGGUAUUGGAAGAAUGACCAAGGCCAGUGGAUUGAAUAUGGAGAACAGGGAGAAGGGGAUAGUGUGAAGUCACCAUCUUCUGAUAUUAUUGAGAAUUCGUAUCUAGCAGAUCCAGAUGCUACCAUAUCUUUCCAGGCUGGCUUGAAUCAUUACCAGCUCAAUUUUAAAGAAAUGACCCAGACAAACAUCGUGUUUAAAACUCGAAGACGGGUCUGCCGGCGACCAAAGUUUGUGUCUGCUGAAGAUGUGCAGAAGAUAAAGAAAGGCCAGAGGGAUUCUUCUAUUCCGAAUCAAACCUGUCCUAUCCACUGGGAUCCAUCUGCACUGCCUGAUCUGGGAUACAAGGCAGUGGAGAUCAGUAACAAAACUCCUGAAUAUGACAAAAUAAAGCAGCUGUUCCUUCAGACUAUGAGAAACUACAGUGUCUCUAAAAUACAGAGAAUUCAGAAUCCAUCCCUCUGGAAAGUGUUUCAGUGGCAAAAGGAACAGAUGAAAAGGGAAAAUGGAGGUAAGGAAGUAAAGGAAAAGCUCCUGUUCCAUGGAACCAGCAGUUCCCAUGUGGAAGCCAUUUGUACUCACAACUUUGACUGGAGAAUUUGUGGAAGCAAUGGAACUUGCUAUGGAAAGGGAAGUUACUUUGCUAGAGAUGCUUCCUAUUCCCACGCAUACUGUCAGCCUGCAGUGAAAACAAAUAUCAUGUUCGUGGCUCGCGUAUUGGUUGGAGAUUAUGUUAAAGGUGAUGCAUCCUAUGUUCGCCCCCCAUCUAAGUCUAGGUGUGGGCUUCGGUUUUAUGACAGCUGUGUGGACAAUGAGUUAAAUCCCUCCAUUUUUGUUGUCUUUGAAAAAUACCAGAUUUAUCCUGAGUAUUUAAUAGAGUAUAAGGAGGAAGAAAAAAAAUGUAUUGUAUCUUAG